AUGAAGUAUUUUACGCUGUCCUUUGUGCUGUGCUGCCUGUGCCUUCAAGUGCUGAGUGCCCCCCAGUGGGGCCAAGGAUCAGGAUUUGGCUAUGGGUUUUCUCCCUACUCGGGCUAUGGCGGCUACUCUUCGGCAAGUGCAAGUGCAAGUGCUGCGGCGAGCAGCAGUUCUGGAUACCAACAAGGAUUCGGUUCGCCCUAUGGGGGAUAUGGAGGAUAUGGGGCCUAUGGCGGAUAUGGAGGAUAUGGGGGCUACCGGCAGCAGUACAAUCAGUUUAGUAAUCAGCAAAACAGCUACGGAUCCUCCGGCUAUGGCGGAUACGGCGGCUACCCCUUUGGCUAUGGCCGAUGAGUG